AUGAGCACACAUUCUGACAGCUCAACUAACGACAAGGAAUCUCUCAACUCAAAUUCGAAAAAAUCUAUCUCAUUGGACAAGGAAGUAAAAGUUGUAAUCACCAACAUGGAAAAACUCUCGGUCAAGGACGAAAACUCAUCUCCAAAAAAGGAAGAUAUCGAUGAUACUCAACCCUUAGAUAAAACUCAACAAAUCUCGAAUAAAAAUGAGAAACCAAGUACUUCUCAUGGAAAACACUCGUCAAAAGAGAGUUAUGCGCACGAUCAAAAUUCCAAAAACUCUUCAGAAGUUCAAGAAAAUUUGCUCAAGGACCGAAUGAAUUUCAAAGUAACUACUCAAAAUAGUCGUCUUAAUCUCAUGAUUGAAUCAUUCAACCAGGUCAAAUCAUUCGCUCCUCAAUACUCAGUCAAUGAAGCAAAAUCAAUGCUCACCGUUUUCCAUGAUUUAUGGACGGAAUUUUCUCAAACUCAUGAGGAAAUUGGUGAAACUUGUCCAGAUAGCUUCUUCAGUAAUCCUUAUAUGACUGACGAUUGUUAUGAACAAGCCUGCAAAGUUUAUGUGGAGUCUAAGAUUCUACUCAACUCUCUUAUUGAACGACUCAAACAACCUGCGGCAAACACGACUCAACCAUCUGAAUCCACUCAAACAAAAAGAAGACAGCUUCCGGAAAUCUCGCUGCCUCAAUUCUGUGGGGACUACUCAUCAUGGACUCCUUUCAGGGAUUUGUUUUCCUCCUUGGUAGGUCAAAACUCGGAAAUUUCCGGUGUAGAAAAGAUGCAUUAUCUCUGCACAACACUCACCGGUAAAGCAGCUCAAUUAAUCGCCAAUCUCCCUCUAUCAAGUGAUUCGUUUGACUCAGCAUGGAGUUUACUCACCUCACGCUAUGAAAACAAGCGAUUACUUAUCUCCUCGCAAAUGGACAAACUUUUCAACUCAUCAAUUAUCUCAGCAAAAUCAGCCAGUGAUCUCAACACUCUCCUCACCACCACCACUGAAGCACUCAACGCUCUCAAAGCUCUCAAUGCUCCAGUUGAUUCAUGGGAUCUAGUUUUAGUCCAUUUUACUACUCGUAGGUUGGAUUCUCAAACCAGGGAAGCUUGGGAAAACAAGCAAGGCUCACGUACUGAACCACCAUCAUACCAGCAACUCAAGGAAUUUCUCACAGGUCGUGCUCGUGCCCUUGAAAAUCUUCAACUCAAUUCAUCUCAAUAUUCUCAAGCGGCUAAAACAACACCAUCAUCACCUAAAUUAUCUCAAUCAACAACUCAACCAGCAAAAGCCCUUACAGCUUCUCAUCAAACUUAUGUAUACAAUUGCUCAUGCUGUGACGGAUCUCACUACAUAGUAGUAUGUGAGAAAUUCAGGGAACUCUCACCACCAGCUCGAAGGGAGCUUGUCAUCACUCAAAAACUCUGCUUCAAUUGUCUCGGCAAACACUCUGCUCACCAAUGUCAAAGCUCAAAAAGAUGUAGAGAUUGCAAUGGAAAACAUCAUACAAUGAUUCACAUAAAGGAUACUGCUCAAUCAUCAUCAAAGGAUCAAUCAACAUCUCAAAGUAAGGUCUCUUUUACUACUAAACCUGUUGUGCUUCUUGCUACUUCUCAAGCUCUGCUACUUCUCAACUCGGGACUUUCUCAGCCAGUGAGGAUUCUCUUAGAUUCUGGAUCAGAAUUAUCAUUUAUUUCUGAGAAACUUGUAUCUCAACUUAAUAUUACUCGUCAAUAUUCAACUAUCCCUAUCAUUGGAAUUGGAGGAACAUCAUCAGGCAGUACUCGGGGAAUAGUCUCACUUCCGUCUCAAUCUAUCCCUCAAUUCAAAAAUUUACAAUUGGCUGAUUCAAAAUAUUUUCACAGCUCAAAAAUCGAUAUCAUCAUUGGAGCAGAUCAUUAUGGGCAAUUACUCCAACCAGGUCUCAUUCAAGGUCAGGACUCAUCAUUAACAGCUCAAAAAACAAUCUUCGGCUGGGUCAUUCUUGGUCCUGAGCAAGAAGAAAUUCCACUCAAGGUCACGGACUCACUCACACUUGAAGAAUUAGAAUGUGAAAAUCAUUUCAAGGAAACUCACUCUCGUGAUGUAUCUGGCAGGUACAUCGUUCGAUUACCUCUCAAUUCAUCACCUAGUCAACUUGGCGACUCAUACACAACUGCUCAACGAUGUUUAAAAUCAUUGCUCAACCGAAUCUCAAAGAAUCAAACCUACAGCGAUCUUUAUCACACAUUCUUAAAGGAAUAUGAAGAUCUCAAUCACAUGACUCGUGCUCCAUCAUCAUCAUCAUCACCUGUCUAUUAUCUUCCUCAUCACGGUGUACUAAGGGAACAAAGUACUUCAACAAGAUUAAGAGUUGUCUUCAAUGGAUCAUGCUCAACCAACUCAGGAACCUCUCUCAACGACAUCUUACAUAAAGGAGCAAAACUACAAAGGGACAUCUCUGACAUUGAUCAACAUCAAAAUGAGGUACCAUAUCAACUCACCACAGUCAGUUAUGGAACGAAAUCAGCACCUUUUCUCUCCGUUCGGGUUAUUCUUCAACUUAUUGAAGAUGAAGGUCAUGACUUCCCUCUGGCGGUACCAGUACUCAAAAACGGAAGAUAUGUAGAUGAUAUUUAUGGUGGAUCAGAUCAUCUCGAUGAACUCAUUCUUAUCGCUCAACAACUUGAAGGUCUACUCAAUAAAGGCGGAUUUCCUCUGGCUAAAUGGCAAAGUAAUCAUCCUCAAUUAAUCAACACUAUUUCACCUGGAAAUGACUCACUACAAGAUCACUCAUUCGAAAAUAGCAUCACAAAAAUACUGGGUCUCUCAUGGUGUAAUCUAGAUGACUGCUUUAAAUUCACCUUUUAA